AUGUCCAGCGAUCUCGAUAAGCCAGUGGAGCUCGAGCAGGUACCGCUCAAAUCUGACACCGACGCUCCGGCUGGAACUACAGAGAGCCAUGAAGAGGCUCCUCCUGCCCCAGCUCCGCAAAAGAGGACAUGGUUCUUUAAAAAGACGACGAAGAAGGAGACAGUCGUUGAACAACCGAAGGGAGAAGAAACGAUGACUUGUGAGGAGAAGCCGAAGAAGAAAUGCUGGUGGGGGAAGCACAAGACCGAAGAGGAACAAAAAGAUGAUCACAUCUCGAUCGGAAUUGAUCUUGUAAACCGAGAUGAAAAGGGUAUCAACGAGCAUGUUCGUUUCGGUUUCGAUGAUAUCUUCGGUGAAGCUGACACCCAGCACUCGUGGGACUGCGUUUGGCGACUGGUGUUCAAAGUCUUCACCUGGACCCGUCUUUUCGUCUACCGUCUCUGCUCACUCAUUCUCGGUCUGCCAGCAGCUAUUCUAUUUGGUAUUCUAUUCGCUAUCGUCUCCGUCAUCAAUGUGUUCGCCUGUGUGCCAAUUGCUAAACUGCUGUCGAUUCCCGCUAAUUGGAUCGCUAAGACGUGGAGUUGGCUCGUACAUGCGAUCGUCGAUCCAUUGGCUACUGCCCUUGCUCUGCUCUUCUCUUCAUUCACCAUCCGGAAAUACGGUAUCAACUCACAGCCAACAGAUCCAUGUGUCGCCUGA